AUGCCCGCACAACCAAAGGAACCUCACAUCUCACAACAACCCUUCACAUGGAAGAAUUGGUACAGGCACAUAGAUUGGCUUAACACCACGCUUGUUGUGCUUAUACCAAUAUACGGUCUCUGUCUGGCGCGGAAUACAACCCUCACUCGACCGACCCUCUUGUGGACGAUUCUCUACUAUGGUAUGACCGCAUUUGGUAUCACAGGCGGAUAUCAUAGAUUAUGGAGCCAUCGGUGCUACUCUGCCGCGCUUCCUCUACGGUUAUUCCUGGCAUUCGUGGGAGCUGGAGCGAUCCAAGGCUCGAUUCGAUGGUGGAGCGCUAAACACCGCGCUCACCAUCGAUGGACGGAUACAAUGAAAGAUCCGUACUCUGUAAUGCGGGGUCUUUUAUUCUCACAUAUCGGCUGGCUGGUAACAAACGAGGAUCCAAAGAACAAGGGACGAACGAAUAUUUCGGAUCUCGAUAGCGAUCCCAUUAUCGUAUUCCAACACCGUCACUAUACCUUGAUUCUUCCCCUGGCCGCCUGGAUCUUUCCUGCUCUUGUGGCCGGAUUGGGAUGGGGAGAUUGGUGGGGCGGAUUGGUGUAUGCAGGAAUCAUAAGGGCUUGUUUGGUUCAGCAGGCUACCUUUUGUGUGAACAGUCUCGCACAUUGGAUUGGCGAGCAACCAUUCGACGAUCGAAGGAGCCCAAGGGACCAUGUUCUAACUGCUCUGGUAACAAUGGGAGAAGGGUAUCACAACUUCCACCACGAGUUUCCCAGUGACUAUCGCAAUGCAAUUGUCUGGUACCAGUACGACCCUACCAAAUGGCUCAUCUGGGCCUUUUCAAAGAUACCAUUCUUUCCGCUGGCCUACGAUCUAAAGACAUUUCGGUUCAACGAAAUCGAAAAAGGCCGUCUGCAGCAGCAACAAAAGGCUCUCGACAAGAAGCGAUCGGGGCUUGACUGGGGUGCUCCGCUAGCCCAGCUUCCUGUCAUCUCCUGGGAUGACUUCCAAACUCAGGCCUCCGCUAAUGGAGCAGCUUUAGUCGCUAUUGCCGGAGUAAUCCACGAUGUCUCACCUUUUGUUGCGGAUCACCCAGGCGGCAAGGCACUCAUCAAGUCUGCAAUCGGAAAGGAUGCGACUGCGAUAUUCAACGGCGGUGUGUAUGAGCAUUCGAAUGCGGCGCACAACCUGCUUUCGACUAUGCGCGUAGCGAUUCUCAGGGGCGGUCAAGAAGUCGAGGUUUGGAAACGAACGGGUGAAAGAGCAGUGAAAGAUCCCGAGAGUCUUGGUGUAGUAAGGGCCGGUGAUCAGAUCACCAGGAUCGCGGCGCCGGUAGCUGCUGCUGUUGCAGCAUGA